AUGAGAGGCCAGAAGGUUAACGAGGAUCAUUCCCACAAGGGACGAAUAUGCUCUAUAGAAAUUCCUUCAGGUGAAUUGGUUUAUAACUGCAAUGACUGUGGUGUUGAUCCUACGUGUUGUAUGUGCGGGUAUUGCUUCAAUAAGGAACAGCAUUCCGACCAUAAUGUCGUAAUGCAUAUCUCUCAGGGCAGUGCUAUCUGUGACUGUGGUGACAGUGCAUCAUGGAAAGUGCCAUUGAAAUGUCCUACUGAUAUAAGUCAUGGCGAUUCGGAUCUUUCUGACUUGUCUGACGACUUCAAGAACGCCAUAGAGUCCACUAUACGGACUGCUCUCGAGUACUUCCUCGACGUACAGGCUCUCCAGACGCAAACAGUCCCAAAAAUCCACGAUUUUUUUGCAUCUUCUGAGGAUUUUACCCUCUUCAAAGUGCAUUCGGAUCGUUCCUAUCUUCCCGAAAGUAAGUACGGUCCAGACAAGAAUGCUGACAAGUACUGGUUGGUGGUUUGGAACGAUGAGUUUCAUAACUGGAGAUCUGCCACUUCUAGCUUAGCAGAUGCUCGCAAAGCUUACGGUGAAGAUUACGAAGACUGUACAGAGUCGGCUUCUAAAAUAGACAAAUUUGGCUAUACAUUGUUGCUUGGAUCCUCCGAUCUUUCAACCCUUCAAGAGCCGUACUUACAGGUGCAAAAAAAUGGUCUAACAGCUACUAUAGAGUCUCAACGCGAUGUUCUUAGAGAAUAUCUCAGCAUUAGUGCUAUGGAAUGGAUUUCUGAAAUUCUGAAGAACGCCAACCUUAUGGUGGCCGAUUAUGCCAAGCAUGUUCUUUCCGAACUACUAUUAGGGAAGUACUCCUUGGAAGUGCCCGAGGUUCUUCCCGGAAAUCAGCUAUUCGAUCAUGAAGAGGCAUUGUUGCGGGACAAUUUAAUGCCAGACGUUUAUACUAGCUCUGUUUUGCCUUCCAGUUCUCCAAAACCUUACACUAUGGUUUUCUCGAAAAACGAGAAUUAUAACGGUGAAUUUUAUAUGAACGUUCGAUCGUAUUCUGCGGAAUAUAGAUCCUUUACGAGACUGCAGCUUCUCUUUUUCUUAGAAAUGAGAUUUGCCAAGAGCACCAGGAAGUUAAUAAAGGGCUUCUUGAUCCCGUUAAUCACGAAUACCUCUCAAUCCAGACUAGAAUUCGCUCGUCAGAUCAUUGAAUUCUUGCCUGAGUACGAGUAUUUAAACCAGGUGGAAGAUCGGGAAUGGGCACUUACUUUAUUGGAGUCCUUUCGCCUACAGAUAUAUCAUGAUCCUCAUAUUGGUACAAUUCUUCUUGGGGAGGGCCGGCUUUUUAAUGUUUUAAGGAGCACUGCACAAAUGUUUGCUUUGCAUUCUGUUUCUUUGCAGCAUGGACGGCUCAUAUAUCAAGUACCAACGGAAAUUAACUGGAGAUCGGAACGUCUUUCAGCUCUAGAAGACCAGUCCCUACGCGGACUUGAAAAUGUGCUAUCUUUCCUUGAACCGGGCUCGUCCAAGAUAUUCGAGCUCGAUCACUUCGUUUGUCUCUUGGAGAUUAUUUCUAUUUUCCAGAAUUGUCACAACAUCACCAGAAAGAGAGGGGAGCAUGUGGAUUUUGAAGACCGUGCUUACGAAAUAUACUAUACCAGAGGUAGGAUCGCUUAUGAUAUCACUAAGGAUAUUGGUGAAUUGGUUGCCGGUCUACACGGAAGAAGUGCUGACGUCGAGAGAGCUAUCUCUGUGGUGAGCACCUAUUUAAGCUAUUGGUACGAGAGCGUUCCCAAGAAAGAUCGCGUUAUCGUCAGCGAGAUGCCUGUGUCGUUCAUUCGACCUUUGCAUAGUCUUUUUGCGGAGCUGUGCCUUUCUUACAAAUGCUUCGACGUUAAUCUGCUUAAGGAAAAGGCAUAUAGCAUCACAAUUCCUGGGAACACUCUCAAUGUUGGAGAAGAUUCUAAUAGCAUACGUUACGUUGCCGAUGCAUCUGUUCAAUCGUUUGUUCUUUCUGCCCAGAUCAAUAGCGGCUUCUGGGUUCGUAAUGGCAGCAGCGUUAUCAGUCAGUAUUGGAUAAACAAAAGUUUUUUCAAUACUGAGGGCGAUAUAUACAUCAUUCAGUUGGCUAUCACUUUGGGCCAGCUCAGUGUUAGUGACAUUUUCGACAGGUGGGAAUUUAAGGAUAGUAUUGAAGGAUCUCUGUCAUUUGAAGAAUCUGUCUAUGAAAAGGAUCGAGCUCCCCAGAUGCUUCUGGCGAUGGCCAGUAUGUUUUAUCAUUUGAUAACCUAUACAAUGCCCUAUGACUCGUCUUCGAAGAGAGGUGAUCCUAAAUACAAUCGAACGAAGGCAAUUAUGAGCUAUUGCCUUUGUCGGGAGCCAAUUAAAUACUCAGAUAUGAAGUUUAGGUUCGGCGACGAGCCAUUCUUUGAAGAAGUUUUUGAGAAAAUCAGUGUAUACACUCCUCCACGUGGUAUCAAUGAAUAUGGCAAGUACACAUUGAAAGAUGAACUAUACGCAGAGUUAGAUCCAAUGGAUAUUUUGAAUCAGUAUGAGGCGGUUGAUGAUAUUCAGGACGCUUUACUCAAGAAUCUUGCCAGAAUAAAGAAGGUGAGAAUAGAAGAUAUCGUAUUGAAACCUCAAAUAUGCAAACUUAGCGCUGUCGAUCUUCACCGAACCGAGGCGAUUUCCCGGUUUGUGAAAUCUCCACAAUUCGUGAAGUACCUCUAUAAAGCAUUGAGGUUCGCUAUCGAUUCAAAAUGUGACGAUCAUUUGAUGGCCACUUUACACUUGAUUCAUGCCAUUUUUGAAGAGGAUGAUAUAAGGGCAUCAAGAUCUCAGGAGAACUCCAAUGGGCUAAAGCUCUUCAUUGAUAUUCCAAUUUGCAACCUUCUUUUAUAUAUUGUGGAGAUGGAAGAUAUGUCUAAUGCUACUGUCAAGAAGGCUUCGUCUAUUUUGGAUAUGCUUCUUCUAAAGGAUGAUGACGUUCUUCAGUCACUUAUUGAUUGCUUUGGUCAACAUCAUAUUGAUCAAUAUCGAAAGUCGAAGCAUGGAAAGAAGCUUGAGACCAAAAGUCAAAGGGCGCAUAGAAUUGCUUUAAAGAGACAAAAAAAAGUAAUGGCCAAGAUGCGUGGACAGCAACAGGAGUUUGCUGACACCCACCACAGAUUCUUUGACGAAAUGAAGAAGAAGGAAGGGGAACAGGCAAAGGUUAAGAGAAAAUUCUCAGCUGAGCAGUCAACCAACGAAGAGGAUGGUGAUAUUCUGAUGAACGACGAAGAACCUAGGAUAUGUGUGAUUUGCCGAAAUCCUGAGAAUUAUGACGAGUUAUUUGGAAUUCCUGCUCUUAUUACCGAGUCCACGGCAUUUUGGAAUAUUCCCGUGGCAUCUAGAAGCACGGCUCCCGGUUGUGUUAUUCCUGAGAUGUUCGAAUCGUAUGAAAAGUCUGAUAAGCCACCCGAUGAUGCCCGUUUUGAGCCCAAGUCAGCUUGCAAAUCUCUCAAUCUCAAACACGUUGUUUCAGGCUGCCCUCACGGGAUGCAUUUCAGCUGUUUCUGGAACAUGCUCAAGUCGAAAAGCUAUAAAUUGACAUCGUUUUGCUGCCCACUUUGUCAGCAUUACUGCAAUUUCUUUGUCCCUUCUUUACCGUCUCCCAAUUUCAAGAUGAAUCCUACCGGUGAUAUGAUAGCCGAUAGCUGGGAAGACAUAGCCAGGGAAACAGAAGGCGACAAUUGUUCACAGCUUGCUACAGAAGUAUUUGAUCAGAGCAUGUUUCGUGUUCUUUCCGAUACCAACUCAGCUGGCUUUCAGAAGAUGAAGAAGCAGCUGCAGAUGCUAGAGAAAGCAGAUUUUCUCAAGAAAUUAAAGGGAGGUGGAAGUAAGCUACAUGGAACUCCUGGAACCUUCUGCCUUCCUAUAGUAAUUGCACAAUUAAUUGCAUCCACGUUGGAAAUGACUGAGAUUAGCCAAAGAAAUGACGAUAAAGCAGAUAUCCAUGUUCCAAUGCUUACUAAACUGCUUGUUCGUUCAUUUACCCAAUAUCGUGUUCUUCUCAAUUACAUGUCUGUGCCCAGCGAUGAUGUCUUGGGCUUUUCGCGGAUUGUGAAUGAUAUGCAAUAUGGUUUGUUGCAAGUAGUGCUAUCGUUAUACUUUUGUGGAAAUGAAAACUUUGAUACGCUUUUCGAUUUCUCAUUGUGUCGAUCGGCGGCUAAAGUGAUCGGAUCAUUAAGCCUCCGGUUCUUUGAGUCGCCAGCUAAUCUGGAAUUUGGCUCUGUUUUAGAAAAUGCAGAAUUGGAGCCUGGCUCUCCGGUCAUGACUGGUUUGAAGCGUCUCAUUCGGGCGUCCACUGAAUCGCUUAAACUUUCCGAUUAUUCCAAUUUUCAUCUUGAACAGUUUGCUAACCUAGUGUAUCGAUAUAUUCGAACUAUGUAUCCAAGAUACGAAGCACAGGUGAAGCUAUUGGCUGAAUGUUUCAAUUUUGCCAACAAGGAUUACACGUUUCUUUCAAUGGACGAGUUGCUCAUGAAAAUAUGCGGAGAUGAGGAAAGCAUGGAGAGUAAAAUUACCCGAGGGUUGUGCGGAGUGAACGUGUGGGCUACGCCAACGAUAAUACCACCACUUGAGUAUCCAGGCCGUGUGCAUUUACAGCAUUUGCCGUCAAAGGUGUCCGAAUUCUUACCUGAAUGCAAAAAAUGGGAACAGAUCGGUGGAAGUGGAAAAAUGACUAAGGAGAUUUUCUUGUGUUUGCAUUGCGGUAAAGCAGUUAUCAGGAAAGUCCAACACUUGAAGGAAUGUCAGAUGACUUCAAGAAGCUACGGUGUUUUCUUUUCUCCAUAUCGCAACGUUUUUGAAAUGGAGUUUAGCAAGCUACCAAAUAUUGUGGAUUUUAAAUCGAUGACUCGUGAGUACUUCAGUAUGAAAUUAAGAUCUCCAUACUUGAAUAGGCACGGAGAACCUGCGGGAGGGCUUUUUGGAGCUGGAGACUCGGGAACUUUGGAUCCCAAGAGAUACGACUACAUUAACAAGAUUUGGUUGAACCAGAGCAUGGUGAGUUCUGGCCUAAGGAAAUGGGCCUAUUUUACCUCUACGCCAAGAGGACGCAUGGGUACUAUAUUUGGAUUGGACGACGCAGGUUUUAUGGAAGCUACAUUCGAUGCUAUGGAGCCAAAUAUUGCUGAGUCAGAUGAGGAUGAGUUUAUAGUCGAGUCGGAUGCUGAGAAUAGCUUUACUGACGGUGACUAUGAUGAUUAA